ACAUUUACACUGAUCACCUCAAUAUAAAUUUCUUAAAGCUCUACAAGCUUGUUGGAACUUUAUUUGUCGUUCUGGUUAUUUUAAAUCUAGAGUCGAUAAGUUAUGGGCAAAUAAAACCCCAGUAUUUGAUUGAAAUCGUUUCAUUUCUGAUUCGCAUUUGUAAUGGCGUCCCAUCAUAUUGUUAUUCUCUCGAUUUUCUCAUUCUUGUCAGUUUUGCUGACCGAGGAAUCGUGCGAUACAGGACACUUCUUUACGGCAGGUAAAUGUGAGCCCUGUCCCAUUGGAGAGUACAACAGCAAAAGAGGACAAUCUGCAUGCACAGCGUGCCCCGAUAAGAAAACUACUUUAGCCAGUGGGAGAUCCUCAGUCCAGGACUGCUACCAGAUUGACUAUUCGCCAUACGCCUUUGGCGGCGUGGGUACUGAAUUCACUGUCUCGUGCACAGUGGACACAUUUUACGCUGUCAAGAAUCGCUUUUGGGUAUUUGACGGCAAGAAAUUGGAGGCAUCUGAAGACAAAUUCACGAUCACUAAAGGGGAGACCAACGAGGGAUCGGAUUUUGUAACCCUGAAAAUGACCGGGUUACAAACAGAUCAGAACGAUAAGAAAAUGCAAUGUACCUUCGAAACUAACUACGGCACUAUAACUAAAGAAACUACACUCAAAGUCCUGCAGUUCAAGACCCAUCCUCAGGCUGUGACAGCAAACCCAAACGAAAAUAUUACCCUCUCUUGUUCUGCACAAAUACCGGUUGUAUCUAAAAUGGUUGCAGGGUGGGAAAAGGGCGAUGGAAAUGUUGACCCUCAAAUGGUUGCGACAACGACGAAUGACACGGCAAUUGAGGGCUCAGAAGACAAACUCGGUAUCAGCACGCUGCAAGUAUUUGGUACCAAGGCGACUCAGUCAGGGGUCUACAAAUGUAUUUUCUACUACAUUGUCGGCGAGAAAACAUAUCCAGUAGAAUCCAACACAGCUUUCGUCGUUAUUCAAGGUCUUGUGAGCUGGCCAAGUGCCUUCCAAGCGGUCGAUGGAACUGAACUGGUUAUCGAAUGUGUUAUGGCUAGUUACGAGGACGCACCUCCAUCUAAAGCUUAUCUUAUGUUGAAUGAUAAAAGCAUCCCUACAAAAUCGCUGGAUUACGAGCUCAAAGUGGAUACCCCAUCGGGUCUAGGCUUCGCAAGGACGACGGUGACGCUGACCUACCACAAAGUUUCAGUUGCUUUCGAGGGAAACUUUGUGUGCGGUGGAAAUUAUGACAAGCCAGUAGCCAAUACCGUAUAUCUCUCAAAACCUUCAGCUGUCACUAUUUUGUAUCUGCGACACCCCCAGCAUAACCAGGACCUAUACAUACUGGAGGGUGGAGUGUUUACUCUCCGCUGUGAAUACCUCACUCCGCCCGAUCCUGUGAUAAAGUGGUACAGGAAGAAAAGUGGAGGAGAUUGGGAAGAAAAGAAAGACGCUGUAACCACCACGACACAAGUCGGACUUUGGAAAACGAACGAGAUGGUCCAGAAUGGCGUGUCGGUAAAGGACGAGGCGGAGUACAAGUGCACUGUAGUUUACUCUGAAUCGGGUACCUUCAAGGGAGGUUCUGUUGACUCAAAGAAAUGGAACAUCAAUAUAAUCGGAUUGGAAAGUUUUACGGUAUCAUCUAAAGCAGUGAAGAUAGGUCAAAGUGCUGCCUUCACAUGUGUGACUGCUGUUGCUCCAAGUCCCACCACUCACAUCUACAAUAACGGCCACACUAUUAACGGAGCCGCAGGUUAUCCUGGCAAGCAGAUUAGUGCCGAUUAUUAUGAAACUGUGCACGAUAUAAAGUCAGCCACGUGGAAGGAUGAUGCCAUGUAUGGUUGCAGGGCUUCCUACUCCAGCAAAGCUCAGCUCAUAUACGGAGAAACUAGCUUAAUGAGGAAAUCCCUCACAGUUUACCGUAAGUGCAGCGCCUUAGCCACGCCUGAUGGAGGACAGAUUAAGAUUGACGAGUCAGGCGCAUCUGGCGAGAAAGCCACUCUGUCUUGUGGCAACAACUACAUUCGGUCUCAAAAUUACUCCUCAUACAACACGUACACAUGUAACGGAGAGACGGGACUUUGGACCAGUGAAAAGUACUCGGAGUUACAGAACAAGACCAACAUGGUUCCAGCUAUUGACACUUGCAUGUUUAAGACGAAACCCGCCUUCUACAAUAUCCAAUUUCUGCUCAGCUUCGCUUCCGAAACAAUCAUGUGCAAGAAUGCAGCUGAGGUUAACGAUGUGAAGACCUCAAUGGACGCUUACUUUGCACAGUUUGCCGAUAGAUUUACAUGCAAGCGACAGUCCUCGUGCUUCAUUAUAUUCAACGAGUGCUAUGAAGACACUGGAUAUGGUUACUAUCUACAAAUGAGAUUUGAAGUUUCUACCAAAGUUGAAACCUCUAUCUGGCUGACACAAAUCGAUGGAGAAGUCAGGAGCGUCAUAACGGACUCAAACUUCGUGGUAAACGAAGUCACACUGAAGACGCCUGCUAUAUCAGCUACUGUUGGACUAGCUACUUGUUCUAACGGAUCAAUUCCUCACAGCAGUAUUGAAUGCGUGUCCUGCUCGAAAGGGUGGUACAGCAACGGGAAAACAUGUGAGAUCUGCCCAAAGAACGAGUUCCAAGACAUAGCUGCACAAACGUUCUGUCAAAAGUGCCCUGAUGGUACCCAAACUCUUGGUAUAGGUUCCACUUCCAAGGAACAGUGUGUCAAGAUAUGUACUGUGCCACCCAUCUACUUUGGUGUAUCCUACCCUCCCUCCGGUUAUGAGGUGGAAGAGGGAACACCGAUAUCUCUAUCGUGUAACGAGUACUAUUCCAUCGAUUAUGCGAGACAUGCGACAGUCGCUUGUGCCUCUUCGCUUCCCAAGCAUCAGUGCUCAUACGUGACUGCGCAAGGCAAGGCAUUGGUCUACGAGGGAGAUAACGCAACGAUAUCUUGUAGGAUGCAGAGAAAAACAUUUCAGGCUCGCAGCCAGCGAGUACGUCCGGCCUUUUCUCUUACCGCAAACCUAAUGCUUUUGGUAAAGAUGAUUGGCUUCACGCUCAAACUAGACCAAAUGCCUCAAAGAACUACAUUUUCGGUCCUGUCGUGGUAGACACGUACAACACCCAGUUGGACCUUCGUCAAACUCUUAAAGAAGAGGACCAAUAUGUAGUCUAUAACGUGACACUAACGUUACUGAACCUGAACUCUGAGUACCACGAUGGGCACUAUUUCUGUGGUCUUGGUGACGAGUGGAGCAGUAACCAUAUCAUGAUCAGUGUUAUAGGAGUAAACUUGAAUCAGCCGGAUCCAGUAAUGGUGGGUAAACCAGUAACACUGCAUUGUGUAGCAGAUAGUCCUGACGCAUUUACUGGUAACCCUGAGGUUAACUGGUUCUACGCACAUAACGGCUCUAAGUUCACCAACGGCAUCGAAUCUGGUACUAGCGGUCAACCCCUGAUAAGCAAAUACAAGAUAAAAUCAGUCAGUGUAGAUGACUGGGGACCGUAUCAGUGUAAGGGAACGUACAUUGGUAACCAGCCGGACACACACAAAUCCAACAUAGUCUACCUCUAUGUCAGAG